UGGAUGCCAGUUUCUUUUACAGCACGGAGAGGGCGAGGAGAUGAGGAAGUAAAGUGAAAAGGCCACAAGAUUUGCAAAUAGCACCUGGCAUGGCCAACCUCGGGGAAGGGAUGUGUUAAUUUCUUCUUUCCUGCAGCCCUCCACAGGUGGAACAGGGUCCAGGUGCUUCCCUGAACGAAGGCACUUUGGUUUAACCUUCAGGCAGAGGGGCAGGGUUCCCCGAGGCAGGCCAUUAUGUAUAGACAGUCUCCUUUUAAUGGACAAAAGCAGCAGAAAGCAAAGGUUAAAGUAAAAGAAACAGAUCCAACAUGGAGUCCUACUUGACCCUUCCCUGUUACAAUUUCAGUAACUAACCACCACCUCUCUCACCCUGGCGGGACCCAUCCGCGUCUUUCAUGCGUGGAGCGUCCCCGGCUGCCCCUCCAGCAUCUCACACCUGACGGGGACUGGCCGGCCUGAUUUCCCGCGGACAGAGGUGUGGGAGGGACAGGCUGUGGACAGGGAUCCGGGAGACACCUUUGGGCUGUAUUUGCUGCUUGUGACCCUCACCAGGGCCUCAUAUGGAAAGGAGAAGUGGUUACUCUCCAAGGUCCGCGCGGCUCCGGCAGCACGUGGCUGCUGAGUUCCUCUUGUGUGGUCGGUUACCUUCCGACCUCGGCUCUGGGCUUCCUGUUGGGGCUUCCUCUCGAUGCUGUGACACACAGGCCCCAUCACUCUUACCCCAAAGAUGCUGUUAUUGCCACCACCGCCGCUGCUGCUGUCCCUGCUGUGGGCAGGUGGGUGGGCUGCGGGGAGAGGGGUGGGCGGGGCAGGGGCUGCGGCUGAGCCUUGUGCCCCCGCAGGGUUCCUGGCUCAGGGUUGGGGCUACUUCCGGCUGGAGGUGCAGGAGUCCGUGACGGCGCAGGAGGGCCUGUGUGUCUGCGUGCCCUGCUCCUUGUCCUAUCCCCGGAGCUACUGGGACGACUCUGUUCCAGCUCACGGCUACUGGUUCAAGGAAGGGGCCAAUAUCGACCAGGAUCCUCCAGUGGCCACAAACAACCCAGGUCGUGGGGUGCUGACGGACACCCAGGGCCGAUUCCACCUCCUUGGAGACCCCCGGACCUACAGCUGCUCCCUGGACAUCAGAGACGCACAGAGGGGAGACACGGGGAGAUACUUCUUUAGGGUGGAGAGAGGGCCUGAUGUGAGAUAUAGUUACACACGGAGCAUGUUCUUCCUGCGUGUAACAGGUAAGGAUGGUGUCAAGGAGAGGACCCACAGACGCAGGGGCCCUGAGGGCCCCCAGGGCACGGCUGGGAGGGGACCCCCUGUCUUCUCAUCCUGGGAGGGGCCCAAGGGGACCUAGGAGGACAGGACGCUGCGGCUGGCCUGGGGCAGAGACAGCUCUGAGGGGCACACCCGGGGUCCCCCCUCCAGGGCCUGGGUCUGCUUC